AUGUCAGCCAAGUUUCGCAGCGAGAUACUUCAGGAGCCCGCUAUUUUCCAUCCAAGGCCUGAUGAUUACGCAAUCGACUUCGUAAUCCCACCCUAUAUAGCUACUCUCGGUUCUCGCUUUGCUACCUCCCCCUGGUACACAGAGGUUUCUCCAUCUCUAAAGUCCUUUCUCAUGACCUUCACGAGGCUCAUCCAACAUUUCGAGCUUGGCAAAGCAUAUCCCGAACUCGUAACGCCCACCGACAAUGAUCUUUUCACCGUCUUUCAACACGACUUCCUCUCCGCUACUUGCGAUCCAACAUACGAGAUGAACGAUCUUAACCCGCCUCUCCGUUACUCCCUUCUCAUCUACUUAUACGUCCGUGUCUCGCAUCUCCAAUCUCUCCCCAUCGUGCGCCACAUGGUCGAAACCUUCAAGCAUAUUCUUGCACCCCGCAUUCCUUAUCUCCUGGUGGUCGCUCCUGACUUGCUACUCUGGAUGCUUGUUUCUGGAGGGUUGGGGUCUAAGGGCUACAACACUCACUCAUGGUUUGUUCUUCACACUGCGCAUGUGGCGCAGCGUCUUGGACUCAGCGACAGCCAUCAGGCACGACUCCUCCUUGGGGAGUUCUUUUACACCGUCCAGCCUGAGGAUAUGGGGCAAGAUUUGUGGACCGAGGAAGUGGUGGCUUUGAGUGCACGUAUAUGUGGUGACAGUUCUGGUUUUUGA